AUGGUGUAUGAUGCAAUUUGGAAGGUUGUGGACUGCGGCUACCUGCAAAAGUCAAACCUGGAGGCCAAUGCGGAGGCCCUGACCCAGGAGAUCGACUUCCUGCAGCAGCUGUUUAAAGAGGAGCUCCAGGUCCUCCACGCCCACAUCUCAGGCACCUCAGUCAUCGUCAAGAUGGACAACAGCCGGGACCUGAACAUGGACUGCAUUGUCGCCGAGAUCAAGGCUCAGUAGGAUGACAUGGCCAGCCGCAGCCAGGCUGAGACUGAGUCCUGGUACCUCAGCAAGUGCGAGGAGAUCAAGGCCACGGUGAUCCAGCCUGGGGAGACCCUGAGCCGCACCAAGGAGGAGAUCAACGAGCAGGGAGAUUUAAGUCAGACACCUUGCCAGAGUGUGGGGGAAGAAGCAACGUCAAACUUCAGGCAAAACUCCAAGCUGGAGGCUGCCAUGCCCGAGGCGGAGCAGCAGGGCGAGGCGGCCCUUAAUGAUGCCUGCUGCAAGCUGGCCGGGCUGGAGGAGGCCCUGCAGAAGGCCAAGCGGGACAUGGCCUGCCUGCUCAAGGAGUACCAGGAGGUGAUGAACUCCAAACUGGGCCUGGACAUCGAGAUCGCCACCUACAGGCGCCUGCUGGAGGGCGAGGGGCAGGGGUUGUUUAAGGGCAUUGGUGCUGUAAAUGUCUGUGUCAGCAGCUCCCGGGGCGGGGUCGUCUGCGGGGACCUCUGCGUGUCCGGCUCCCGGCCGGCGACGGGCAGCGUCUGCAGCGCCCGCGGCAGCGGGAACCUGGGGGUGAGCACCGGCGUGUGCUCGCCCUGCGGCCAGAGCGGUGGCGGCAGCCACCUGGUGCGGUUUGCUUGGCGGCUUCUGCUUCGUAAAUACACCGCUCCGCGAGCCAGCCAUCCCUGCCUCCGGCGGCGGGUCCCAGAGCUCGGAAAGCCCCUGGGCUUGCGGUGGAAGGGCUGCAGGAACCAGCCGGCCUGA